AUUUAUAUAAAUACAAAGGGUAAUUAUCACUUUCUUAAGUCACUUGUUAAAGAGGAAACAGUUAAUUAGACUCGAAAAAGUGUAGUUCUCAAAAGCUUCAAAAUGAAAGCUGCAGCCAUCUAUUUGGCGUGCACAAUCACAGUAGCACUAGGAAGAAAUAUCCAGUUAAAUACCAAGGGAUGUCCAGAAGAUUAUACAGUCGAACAACUAUACCCUCAUGAGGAAUGCCAUAAGUUUUACCAAUGUUUCCACGGAGACCUUGUAGUGCACACGUGCGCUGCCAAUCUUUACUUUAGCAUUGAAAAACAACAGUGUGAUUUCGCUUCUACGGUCAAUUGCGGGGACAGAAUCAUACCGAAGCCAGACGAAGACGAUGUAAAUCAGCCAGAUGAAGACAUUGGUGAUGAUGGUAACACCAACUGCAACUGCGAUCCCGCUGAGGCUCCGUCAAUUUGCGCUAAAGAUGGUUCGGACGGCACUUUGGUUGCCCACGAAAACUGUAACAACUUUUACAAAUGUGCCCACGGCUUACCUGUAACCCAAUCGUGUUCCGGAAAUCUUUUGUACAACCCGUACAAAGAGUACUGUGACUGGCCUCAGAAUGUUGAGUGUGGAGACAGAGUCAUACCUUGUCCAGAAGAUGAGGGUGGUAAUGGUGGAAAUGACGAAGGCAACGAAGGCGGAGACGGUGGCGAUGGAGGAAACGGCGGUGGUGAUGGUGGUCAAGAAAGCUGCAAUUGCGACCCCUCUGAAGCUCCAUCUAUUUGCGCUAAAGAUGGUUCGGACGGCACUUUGGUUGCCCACGAAAAUUGUAACAACUUUUACAAAUGUGCCCACGGCUUACCUGUAACCCAAUCGUGUUCCGGAAAUCUUUUGUACAACCCGUACAAAGAGUACUGUGACUGGCCUCAGAAUGUUGAGUGUGGAGACAGAGUCAUACCUUGUCCAGAAGAUGAGGGUGGUAAUGGUGGAAAUGACGAAGGCAACGAAGGCGGAGACGGUGGCGAUGGAGGAAAUGGUGGUGGCGAUGGCGAUGGAGGAAACGGCGGUGGUGAUGGUGGUCAAGAAAACUGCAAUUGCGACCCCUCUGAAGCUCCAUCUAUUUGCGCUAAAGAUGGUUCGGACGGCACUUUGAUUGCCCACGAAAAUUGUAACAAAUUUUACAAAUGUGCCCACGGAUUACCUGUAACCCAAUUGUGCCCCGGAAACCUUUUGUACAACCCAUACAAGGAGUACUGUGACUGGCCUCAGAAUGUUGAGUGUGGAGACAGAGUCAUACCUUGUCCAGAAGAUGAGGGUGGUAAUGGUGGAAAUGACGGUGACAACGACGGCGGAAACGGUGGCGAUGGAGGAAUUGGUGGUGGCGGUGGCGAUGGAGGAAACGGCGGUGGUGAUGGUGGUCAAGAAAGCUGCAAUUGCGACCCCUCUGAAGCUCCAUCUAUUUGCGCUAAAGAUGGUUCGGACGGCACUUUGGUUGCCCACGAAAAUUGUAACAAAUUUUACAAAUGUAACCACGGCUUACCUGUAACCCAAUCGUGUUCCGGAAAUCUUUUGUACAACCCGUACAAAGAGUACUGUGACUGGCCUCAGAAUGUUGAGUGUGGAGAUAGAGUCAUACCUUGUCCAGAAGAUGAGGGUGGUAAUGGUGGAAAUGACGGUGACAACGACGGCGGAAACGGUGGCGAUGGAGGAAAUGGUGGUGGCGGUGGCGAUGGAGGAAACGGCGGUGGUGAUGGUGGUCAAGAAAGCUGCAAUUGCGACCCCUCUGAAGCUCCAUCUAUUUGCGCUAAAGAUGGUUCGGACGGCACUUUGGUUGCCCACGAAAAUUGUAACAAAUUUUACAAAUGUAACCACGGCUUACCUGUAACCCAAUCGUGUUCCGGAAAUCUUUUGUACAACCCGUACAAAGAGUACUGUGACUGGCCUCAGAAUGUUGAGUGUGGAGACAGAGUCAUACCUUGUCCAGAAGAUGAGGGUGGUAAUGGUGGAAAUGACGGUGACAACGACGGCGGAAACGGUGGCGAUGGAGGAAAUGGUGGUGGCGGUGGCGAUGGAGGAAACGGCGGUGGUGAUGGUGGUCAAGAAAGCUGCAAUUGCGACCCCUCUGAAGCUCCAUCUAUUUGCGCUAAAGAUGGUUCGGACGGCACUUUGGUUGCCCACGAAAAUUGUAACAAAUUUUACAAAUGUAACCACGGCUUACCUGUAACCCAAUCGUGUUCCGGAAAUCUUUUGUACAACCCGUACAAAGAGUACUGUGACUGGCCUCAGAAUGUUGAGUGUGGAGACAGAGUCAUACCUAGUCCAGAAGAUGAGGGUGGUAAUGGUGGAAAUGACGGUGACAACGACGGCGGAAACGGUGGCGAUGGAGGAAAUGGUGGUGGCGGUGGCGAUGGAGGAAACGGCGGUGGUGAUGGUGGUCAAGAAAGCUGCAAUUGCGACCCCUCUGAAGCUCCAUCUAUUUGCGCUAAAGAUGGUUCGGACGGCACUUUGGUUGCCCACGAAAAUUGUAACAAAUUUUACAAAUGUAACCACGGCUUACCUGUAACCCAAUCGUGUUCCGGAAAUCUUUUGUACAACCCGUACAAAGAGUACUGUGACUGGCCUCAGAAUGUUGAGUGUGGAGAUAGAGUCAUACCUUGUCCAGAAGAUGAGGGUGGUAAUGGUGGAAAUGACGGUGACAACGACGGCGGAAACGGUGGCGAUGGAGGAAAUGGUGGUGGUGGUGGCGAUGGAGGAAACGGCGGUGGUGAUGGUGGUCAAGAAAGCUGCAAUUGCGACCCCUCUGAAGCUCCAUCUAUUUGCGCUAAAGAUGGUUCGGACGGCACUUUGGUUGCCCACGAAAAUUGUAACAAAUUUUACAAAUGUAACCACGGCUUACCUGUAACCCAAUCGUGUUCCGGAAAUCUUUUGUACAACCCGUACAAAGAGUACUGUGACUGGCCUCAGAAUGUUGAGUGUGGAGACAGAGUCAUACCUUGUCCAGAAGAUGAGGGUGGUAAUGGUGGAAAUGACGGUGACAACGACGGCGGAAACGGUGGCGAUGGAGGAAAUGGUGGUGGCGGUGGCGAUGGAGGAAACGGCGGUGGUGAUGGUGGUCAAGAAAGCUGCAAUUGCGACCCCUCUGAAGCUCCAUCUAUUUGCGCUAAAGAUGGUUCGGACGGCACUUUGGUUGCCCACGAAAAUUGUAACAAAUUUUACAAAUGUAACCACGGCUUACCUGUAACCCAAUCGUGUUCCGGAAAUCUUUUGUACAACCCGUACAAAGAGUACUGUGACUGGCCUCAGAAUGUUGAGUGUGGAGACAGAGUCAUACCUUGUCCAGAAGAUGAGGGUGGUAAUGGUGGAAAUGACGGUGACAAUGACGGUGACAACGACGGCGGAAACGGUGGCGAUGGAGGAAAUGCUGGUGGCGGUGGCGAUGGAGGAAACGGCGGUGGUGAUGGUGGUCAAGAAAGCUGCAAUUGCGACCCCUCUGAAGCUCCAUCUAUUUGCGCUAAAAAUGGUUCGGACGGCACUUUGGUUGCCCACGAAAAUUGUAACAAAUUUUACAAAUGUAACCACGGCUUACCUGUAACCCAAUCGUGUUCCGGAAAUCUUUUGUACAACCCGUACAAAGAGUACUGUGACUGGCCUCAGAAUGUUGAGUGUGGAGAUAGAGUCAUUCCUUGUCCAGAAGAAGAGGGUGGUAAUGGUGGAAAUGACGGUGACAACGAAGGCGGAGACGGUGGCGAUGGGGAAAACGAUGGUGGAGAUGACAGUGACAGUAAUGUUGAUUAUGACCCAGAAGAAGCUCCUAAAAAGUGUGCAGAAAACAAUUCUGAGGGAUAUCUAUUAGUUCAUGAAUUCUGUAAUCAAUUUUAUAAAUGUUUUUAUAGCCGACCAAUACCAUUUGUCUGUCCCGGUAACCUAAUGUACAGCGCCAGCAAGAAGAUUUGCGACUACCCUGAGAAUGUUAAAUGUGGCAACAGAAUCGUAAUUAGAUCAUAACAAGUUUACAGUUUCUUGUUCUUAAACAAACAUUUGCCAUGUUAAAUUAAUAUACUAUUUAUAACCUGUAUUCUCUAUUCAAAAUUUUAUAAUAAAUUAUUACAAUAUA